UCUCCUGCCUUGUUUGAGUGACAGCUGUGCGGUGGUGACAGCCCACACGGGACGGGCAGCCCCGCAGAGCCGAGCCGAGACUCAAGAUGGCAGGUCUAUCUUUAUACUUUGAAGAUGGCCAUGAUGAUUUAGAUGACUUUGGGUUCGAUGACUAUGGUUCAGAGUGCGACGGCAUCCGCAUCACAGCCUUCCUCGAUGCGGGACAGGACAACCUUACUCCUCUCGGGAGGCUAGAAAAAUAUGCCUUUAGUGAGAAUGUCUUCAACAGGCAGAUCGUGGCUCGCGGCCUGCUUGAUGUGCUUCGAGAGUUCAGUGACAAUGAAAAUGACUUUAUCAGUGUCAUGGAGACAGUUGCCAGAAUGUCAGAAGAUGGAGAGCCCACAGUACGAGCUGAACUGAUGGAGCAGGUCCCCAACAUCGCCAUGUUCUUACAUGAGAGUCGGCCCAACUUCCCUGCUGCUUUCUCAAGAUACUUGGUUCCCAUUGUAGUCCGAUAUCUCACUGAUCCUAAUAACCAGGUGCGAAAAACCAGUCAGGCAGCGCUGCUCGUUCUGUUGGAGCAGGGUCUGAUAUCUAAAGCUGAUAUGGAGACUAAAGUUUGUCCAGUUCUGCUUGAACUCACAGAACCCAGCAGUGACGAUGACUACAAAAUCGAGGCAGUUGCGAUCAUGUGUAAAGUUGUCACCAUGUUGAGCAAAGACACAGUGGAGCAUCUAUUGCUGCCACGCUUCUGCGACCUGUGCAGCGACGUCAGACUCUUUCAAGUCCGCAAGGUCUGUGCAGCUAACUUUGGAGAAUUCUGUUCUAUUGUGGGUCAGGAGGCCACAGAAAAACUACUGAUGCCCAAGUUCUUCGACCUGUGCUCAGACAGCCUGUGGGGCAUCAGGAAAGCGUGUGCUGAGUGCUUCAUGAUGGUCUCUAAUUCCACAUCUCCAGAGGUGCGACGUGCAAAACUAUCCCCACUGUUCAUCAGUCUCAUCAGUGACCAGUCUCGCUGGGUGCGACAGGCUGCCUUUCAGUCUCUGGGACGUUUUAUUUCUACCUUUGCCAAUCCCUCCAGCACAGGCCUUCACUUCAGAGAGGAUGGAGCACUACUAGAGGUCCCCAGGUGUACAUUAGACAGCGACUGCUCCCUAAACUCUCUCAACUGCUCCGACUAUAGUGGCUGCCACACGGGAAGAACCAUCACUCACACGCCUCCCAAUCAAGACGGCCGCGCCACACCUUCCCCAGAGCACGUGUCGACAGCCGAUGAUAUGCACAACUAUGACGACAACCACGCUUCAGUUCCCAGAGAGAUGCACAGCAGCUUCGCCCGCACGAUCUCAAACAGCAACGCCAGCUCAAAAACUACAAACAACGCUAGGAACACAAAAGACACAGAGCAGACAGACGAGAACUUUAACUCUUUCCAUUAUUGGAGAUCGCCCCUACCAGACAUCAGCGGGGAACUUGAAAUGCUUAGUAGUCAAACGUCAGUGGAAGAGACAGAGAAUGAGGAAAAGCAGGAGGAGAAAGAGGAGGAGAAACAUGAGGGCAACUGUCCUGAUACCAAGCCCAGCCCCAGCCAAGCUACAAGUGACCAGAUCCAGAAGGUCUUAGACUGUUUGCAGCCUCACAUGGAUGACCCUGAUGUGCAAGCUCAAGUCCAGGUGUUGUCAGCAGCUCUGAAGGCAGCCCAGCUCGACAGCCCCACAGACGACAGCCCGACAGACCCCAUGGACCCCACGGACCAGACUGAACCGCAGCCAGAACAGCAGAGUGAGAGUGACUCUGACAGCCCCUCUGUGGAGAGCAAAUCUGUGGAGGUUCAGUCAGAGAGUGAAGAGAGUCCCACAGAAGAGGAGCAAACAAUGGAAACCUCUCCAUCAUCAGAGUCGAGCCCUGUCCAGGAGCAAGGAGAUGAGGAGACACAGACUGAGCCGCUGGAGGACCAGGAGGACCAGGAAGAGUCGCCAUCUGACUCGCCUGUUCCAGAGUCUGAACUAAUUGAGAGUGUGGAGGAGGAAGGAAAAGAAGACUCUGCACACAGCCCAGUGUAUGAGGAAAAGCCUAAGAUCCAGAAUGUCAUCCCGCAGCAGCUUUUGGAUCAGUACCUCUCCAUGACCGACCCAGCCCGGGCUCAGACAGUGGAUACAGAGAUUGCCAAACACUGUGCCUUCAGCCUGCCGGGGGUCGCGCUCACUCUGGGACGACAGAACUGGCACUGCCUCAAAGACACCUAUGAAACGCUCGCUACUGAUGUGCAGUGGAAAGUGCGACGUACGCUGGCUUUCUCUAUCCAUGAGCUGGCAGUGAUCCUGGGAGACCAGCUGACAGCAGCUGAUCUGGUGCCCAUCUUCAACGGUUUCCUUAAAGACCUGGAUGAGGUCCGCAUUGGGGUGCUCAAACACCUCUACGACUUCCUCAAGCUGCUUCAUGCAGAUAAGAGGAGAGAGUAUCUGUAUCAGCUGCAGGAGUUCAUGGUGACGGACAACAGUCGCAACUGGAGAUUCAGAUAUGAGCUGGCAGAGCAGUUGAUCUUGAUCAUAGAGUUGUACAGCCACUACGACGUGUAUGACUACCUCAGACAGAUAGCACUCACACUAUGCUCCGACAAAGUGUCAGAGGUCAGGUGGAUCUCCUACAAACUGGUUGUAGAGAUCCUCCAGAAGCUGUAUGCAUGUGGGGCCGAUGAGCUGGGCCUGAACUUUAUCAAUGAACUCACCGUCAGGUUCUGCCACUGUCCCAAGUGGGUGGGGCGGCAGGCCUUUGCCUUCAUCUGUCAGGCCAUAGUGGAGGAGGACUGUAUGCCCAUGGAGCAGUUCAGCCAGCACCUCUUGCCCAGUCUGCUCAGCCUUUCCUCAGACCCAGUAGCCAAUGUCAGGGUACUGGUGGCCAAGGCUCUACGACAGAGUGUCAUGGAGAAAGCAUACUUCAAAGAGCCGGGCUGUGCCUACUCAGACGAGCUGGAAGAGACUGUGAUGGCUCUGCAGUCUGACAAAGAUCGAGACGUCCGCUUCUUUGCCAGCCUGGACCCCAACAAAGGCCUGAUGGACACAGCUCCCUUGAUUUAGUCCCAGCUCCCUGAGUCCCGUUACAACCCACCUGCCUGUCUACCUGUCUGUCUGUCUCACUGACACAGUCAGCGAAAACCUGCAACACCAGCACCCGACCAGAUCCCGCCCCCCCCCCCGACCACUCACCUGCUGGGCAGACCUGAACCAAUCACCUCUCAAGAAUAAUGUCAGAUGUUCAGACUCCAAUUUUAAAGGAUGAGCAUGCUCAGAACAACACAACCCAGUCUCUGGUUGGGCACUACAAAGCGCACAUUCACAACAGAAAAUGCAGAACUUGUCAGUUUUCAGAAAUGAGCAGGACUCAGAAGUUAUCGGCAGUAUUUACGCCUGAACUGUUUCCCCAUCUUCCUCCUUCACACUAACAUCAGCUCUGCCCUUCCCUAAUCACAGACUUGUAAAAACUACGACGGGCUCUUUUUCUCUCUUUCUCCAAAGCUAAUUGUAAGCUUGAUUAUAAAAUUGAUUUUUUUUCUUAAUACUUCUUUUUGUGGAUUUCUUAACGAACAACUGGGCUCCGCCUGCCUGACUCUGACGUGUGCACUAACUCAGGGGGACUCAUCUGAACCUAGACAGCAUUAUUAGCUCACAUGAUAAGCAGCAGCAGCUCCUGUUUCCCUGGUGACAAAAAACUCCAGCUGUCUGAGCGACGCACCAGCCAAACCAAGUAGCUCUGCUGGUGUCUGUCGCCUCAUUCUCCUCCUUAAAUGCCUCUUGUUGUCUUCUGAGAUGUCCUCCGGUUUAUCGUCUGUUUCCCCUCUCACUCUUAAUCUCUGCGUUUCUCCACCCGGUCUUCAUGGGCCAAUAAAACCACUACUACUGCACAGAAGAAACCGUGAUUCUGCCACUCAGCGUAACUCUUAAUUCAAACCAUAUCAUGGACAUUUUUAAAAGAACACCAUAAUAAACUGUUAAUCCCCCUCCCCUCCUGGGUCUGUUUACCAAAAAUGUGACAACACGUCUCCCAAGCAGCAGGAGACUAAUGAAAUACCUCUGUGCGGACGUGACUGGCCAGUGUGUCGUACGUGUGGAGGGACAUUCGCGGUCCAAACUGGCUCUGACUGUCCUCGAUGGGUGAUUCCUUUUUGAUUCUGUGGCGUCAAGUAAAACACCUUAACAAGGGCUCAUGAUGAAGUGACAGGGUGAAUCUGAGAAAGAAGAGGAAGAAAGCAAGCACACUGAUGGAUUAUGCAUGCCCCCCCCCCCCCCCCUCUUGUGUAUAGUCUCUUCUAAUUCCUUAAGGAUUGACCUCCUGAUGUUGAAUUAUGUGACCAUGGUAGCUUUCAGUGGAUCUGACUGACCAGUUGUACAGUAGGAUAUAGGAAUGGCUGUGUAACGACACUGAAAGACGGCUGAUCGUUGUUUCCCUGUCUUGGUGGAAUGAUUUUUAAGUAUGAGGUUUCUCAAAACUCUUUGUACAGCUUAAACCUGUGGAAAAACAGUGUGUGUUUAUGGAACCAAGGCCAGUUUAGUCGAGAUGUGUGAAUAUUGGGAGCAGCAUCCAAGUCACUGUUUGUAGUCUCUCGAGCUUGUUGGUUUUCCUCUGUUGUAAAUGGUAACCCCUCAGACACCCCCCUCAUCUUUUUUUUUUCUUCUUUUUUUAAAAACAUAAACCGGACUUGAGAACUUAAGCUGGUUGUGGCGUGUGCUGUGCAUCUCAAGUCUUUCUUCCUUCGAAAGGAGAGCUCACUGCGGUAAUGGCGGUGUCCACUCAUCUCGUCUGUCUGCGAUUUGUGUCCAUCUCAUUUUUUAUGUAGUAGAACAGUUAAUAUAUACAUUUUAUGAAAAUUAUUUUUCUUUUCAAUUAUGCACCACUGUUCAAAGAUUUUAUAUCCUAACUUUACAAAAUUUACAACCUUUGUAAUAUUCAAUGGUUUCUUUUAAAAAGACAUUUUAUGUAAUGUUAUUUUUAGUAUUCUGUAAUUAAAAUGAUGAAAAUUAA